GAUGAAGAUGUUGCUCAUUUUUUCCGUGUUUCCCCUCAAGAACAACUUGUCAUCGAACAUCCCCAUUCCUGCUACGUCCUAGGUCGAAGUGGAACUGGGAAAACAACGACCAUUCUUUUCAAGAUGCUUGGCAUAGAGAGGGCCUGGGUGGAGAAUGGUUGCAUGGGGCCCCGGCCUCGGCAAGUCUUCGUGACCAAAUCUCGGGUUUUAGCUGAAAAAGUCGAAGAAUAUGCAAUGAAGUUCAUGAGGGUGUUGGCUCGAGGAAAUCAUGUGCCACCCCACAUCGUCCAGAUGGUAGAACAAUGGCGAGGACCCGCUCCUGAAAGACUGACUCACAUCACAGAUGAUGACUGCGUUCGCGAAGACUUACCUUCGAAAUUCAGCGAACUUCAAGAUCAUCAUUUCCCACUAUUCAUCACCAUUGAUGCAUUUCGUGCGUUGGCCGCAGCUGACGUAGCGGAUGGAGUGGACCCAGCUCAUCCCUCUCGAGCUCUGCAGAAGCACCGCCACACGAGCCGCUUGGUUUCGUUUGAGGUAUUCAAGCAGGAAUAUUGGCCACACUUUCCUACGUCAAUCACCAAGGGCCUUGCUCCUUCCUUGGUCUACGGGGAGUUCAUGGGGUUCAUCAAAGGUUCACAAGAGACACUCAGGACACCCGACCGAGUCCUCGAUCGCCAGACGUAUCAGAACUACAGUACGAGAAUGCAGCCAACGUUUGCAACAAAACGCUCCGACCUCUAUACGCUGUUCAAAUUAUACACAGAGCGUAAGCGCCGUCAUGGUGACGAAGACCCAGCAGAUCGGCAAGUCAACAUCUUUGUUUCGGGCACAACAGCAACACAUGCAGCGUUAGAUGCAAUGCAUUUAAAGAAGCUUUCCGGAGAUAAGGUAGACUUUCUCUAUGUAGAUGAGGUCCAAGAUCUUCUUCUGAUAGAAGCUGCCUUUUUGAGGUCGAUUUGCCAAAAUCCCAACGGUCUUUUCUGGGCAGGAGAUACCGCUCAAACCAUUUCUUUCGGUAGCGCAUUUCGCUUUAAUGACUUAAAGGCUUUCGUGUAUCAGGUGGAGAGACAGCUGGACGAAGAUGGCCGUCGAUGGUUCAUGUACAAAGAACCAGAGUCUUUUCAGCUUACCAUAAAUUACAGGUCGCACGGAGGCAUAGUCAGAUGCGCUCAUUCAGUCGUUGAACUAAUCUCUAGAUUCUGGCCUGAUUCAAUCGACGUCUUAGCGGAGGAGAAAGGUAUGAUCGAUGGGGUUCGACCAGUCUUUUUCGUUGGCAAGGAUGAAAUAGACUACAGCAAAUUUUUCUCUGGAACAGAGAACGUAGCCAUCGAGCUUGGGGCGAACCAGUGUACGUGUAUUCUGGUUAGAAAUGAUGCAGCAAAAGAUAAGCUGAUGGAAAAAAUUGGAGAUAUCGGAUCGGUAUUAACUCUCUUUGAGAGUAAAGGUCUCGAAUAUGAUGACGUGUUGCUCUAUAACUUCUUCGAAGAUUCAGAGAUCGACGAGAGAAAAUGGCAUGUUUUCAAGAACAUGGCAUCCGAUACCGACAAUACUCGAGCACACCGAUCUGACUUUGGAGAAAAGAAUGCUGAGAUCUGUGCUGAUCUGAAGUUUCUUUACGUCGCAGUAACACGAGCUCGCAGGAACGUGUGGUUUUUUGAUCAAUCUGACAAAUGCGAGCAUAUGAAGGCAUACUGGACAGAGAAGCAGCUGAUCGAAGUGCGUUCAACGCAUGAAGGCAUAUCAAACUUAGCUGUUGCAUCAAAGCCGGACGAUUGGGUAAAUCGCGCCUGGGAAUACUACAAUCGUCACCAGUAUGGCCAAGCAGUCAGUGCCUUUCGGCGUGCCCAUUUGCCUCGUGAAGCCGCCGUCGCUUCUGCGCACGUACUGCAAGGCAUAGCUCAACGAUGUCUCGAAGACGGAGGUUCGCCAUUUGUCGAUGCCGCCAAAGCAUUCACUCAAUGCGCAGCAGACUUGGCCCCCACGAGCUCACAGCAAAAGAUAUUCUACCGUCGUGCAGCAGAGUGUUAUGAAGGCAUAAAGAUAUACCGGCAAGCUGCUGAAGCCUAUGUCCUGGCAUUCAUGUUUACCAAAGCAGUCGUCAACUACCGUGAUGCAAGAUUAUUAGAAUCUGCAGUCGAGGUCAUCCUGCGCCACAAUAAUCUGGUCGAUGUUGAAGUAGCAGAUCACGUAAAGGAGACUGCACGCUUCGAGUUUUUGAGUAAGCAGAAAGUCGAGCAAGCCAAAAGGCUAUUCACCACCGAGGAAGAAUUCGAACAGUACUUAAUUGACCACGACUUCACUAUAAUCUACUCUCAGUUCCUCGAAGACAAGGGAGAGUACGAAAAAGCUGCGAGAUUGCAUCUCCAAGAAGGUGAUAGAAAGCGUGCGAUCAAUAUCCUUCGCAAGGAUCCCGAUCGGCAAACCACUGUUGUCGCCUGGACUCUCGAUGCUCUCUGGAUCAUUUUGUCAUUCGCGGUACAG